AUAACGGACAAACAGCUAACGAAAGCUCCGCGGCGCAGGGAAGUAAUUCCUCCUCAAUCAAAAGCUCUCUGUAGCCUGAAUAAAGUAAUGAGGUAGAUAGUCGGAUAGCUAGUUACACUAACCCUUGAUGUACCAGACUGGCGUUGCCUCAGUGAAAAUGGACCAGGACUUUGAAGGCAUAGACUCCGAGGGCCGGUGGCAAAAACUCUACCUAGAAAUCAGGAAUCAGUCCCACGAGUGCGCCUACAAAGUGGCAAAAUAUCCAGAGAAUCGCAACCGCAACAGAUACAGAGAUGUCAGUCCAUUUGAUCACAGUCGGGUGAAGCUGGAAAGUACAGAAAAUGAUUACAUCAACGCAAGUCUGGUAGAGAUGGAGGAAGCCCAGAGAAGUUACAUAUUGACUCAGGGUCCCCUCAGGAACACCUGCGGCCACUUUUGGCUCAUGAUCUGGGAGCAGAGGACCAAAGCAGUCAUCAUGCUCAACAGGGUCAUCGAAAAAGGCUCGGAAAAGUGUGCCCAGUACUGGCCCACGUCUGAGGAGCGAGAGAUGGCCUUCAGAGACACACGUUUCUUGGUCACACUGUUGUCAGAAGACACCAAGUCCUACUACACCACCAGAGUGUUGGAGCUGCAGAAUAUUAAUACCGGGGAGAAGAGAGAGCUCUACCACUUUCAUUACACCACGUGGCCUGAUUUCGGCGUCCCGGAAUCCCCGGCGUCCUUCCUAAACUUCCUCUUCAAGGUGCGGGAGUCGGAUGCGUUGGGUCCAGAUCAGGGACCGGCUGUGGUUCACUGCAGUGCCGGGAUCGGACGCUCAGGGACGUUUUCGUUAGUGGACACAUGUCUGGUCCUGAUGGACAAGAGGAAAGACCCCUCAUCAGUGGACAUCAAAGGCAUUCUUUUGGACAUGAGGAAGUACCGCAUGGGUCUGAUCCAGACUCCUGACCAGCUGCGCUUCUCCUACAUGGCUGUCCUCGAAGGAGCCAAGUACAUCAUGGGAGACUCGUCUGUACAGAAUCAGUGGCGGGAGUUGUCCAGGGAAGACCAGGAGCCAGCGACUGACUCUCCGCCCUCAGCUCAGCCUCAGGCCAGGUGUACGACAGAGCGGUACAACGGCAACCAGCGAGGAGGACAGCUAGACGAGGGAGGAGACUACAGGCAGGACAGCAAAAUGCCACCACAGUCUCCCUGCAAGGAACAGGAGCUGGACGGCAGCUCAGCACACAAGCGACGCAGAGAAGACAGCAUCUCCAAAUCAGGCACACCUAAGACACCCCAAAGCAAGCCCAGGACGAACGACUCAGAGAAAAAGAGAAAAAGGGCGAAAACCAGUGACUGCUAACCACCUCCACCUGCAGCCACGUGUGACUACAGCUCUGGCAGCAACGCCAACAUCGGCAGGGAUCUCCAGCUCUCUCUCCCAACCUCUCUGUGUCCUUCUUCCUCAACUCCAAACCACUCUUCCUCACCUCUACACCGCGAUAGCCAGCUAACCCCCCCCUCCCGCCCCCCUUCUUCAUGUUUUUUAGUUGUUGUUAUAUAUUUGGUUCCGGCUUGAUAGCAUUAUCCAGCUGCUGCACACGCCCCUUUCUCCCUCUCAUUAGCAGCAUGUCACUCCCGCGUCCUCGCUCUCCUCAUUUCUCGUCAUCCUCUCUAAACUGUUUACAGCAGACACUUCGACAUUCUUUGAAGAGAGCACAUUUGAAAAGACAAACACACCAGCGCUUUAACACACCCUCCCACCUCACCUCUUCCCACCACCACCACCACCACCCCCACACCAACCCU